AUUUAUUACCGUCCUGUCUCAACUGCACUGAUCUCUCUUCUCCUUUCCCCUGCUGUUCUUUCCACUCCUCUCCCUUUCUGGCCUUCCUGUUCCUCUCACACCGAAAAUUAGUGUAACUGAAGUCUGUCAAUCCAGUGAAUUCUUCAGUUAUCUUGUCAACCUGCUACAGAGGUCAGAAUGGCUGACCGCACCGUUCCUCAUGCCUACCCAAUAAGUAUGGAUUACGAGAUGUGUUCACCCCCUCGAAUCUAUGAUCAGAACUUUGCAGAAGCACUGAGUCCCAAGGACCUUUUGGCCCCUGUCUUGUACCACGGUUACUACAUCCGUCCCCGCAUCAACAAGCAGCUCGAGCGGGGCUUCUCUCAGGUAGAAAGUGAAGAUGAUUGGUAUCGAGUUUUGCUGGAUGUGUGCCAGUUCACUCCGGAUGAGAUCAGUGUGCGAACAGUGGACAACCUGCUGGAGGUGACUGGACGGCACGCUCAGAAAAUGGACCAGCAUGGCUUUGUGAGUCGUGAGUUUACCCGCACAUACAUCUUACCGAUGGGUGUGGAUCCGCUACUGGUGCAGGUGUCUCUCUCACAUGAUGGGAUACUGUGCAUCCAGGCACCACGAAAAACUGAGGACCUGGAGCCUAAAAUCAACCAGCUCAAGAUUAAAGUGGACAAGAAGGAAAGCAAAAGUUAAUAAAAUGGACUUGUAUAAGAAGAACUCUGUAGAAAUGUCUAUGGAGUUGGAUUGUCCAACACUUCCGUGCUCAUUUAUUAAAUAUUUUGGAUAUUUUAAAUAAUUCGAA